CAAACAGAACAAGAGUAUAACAAAUCCCAUGUCCUACAGCAUUUCCUCCCUUAGUUCUUCCUUCAGUUCCUUCCUCCAAAUCUAUCAAUACCCCUUUUGACUCACAGAAAACGGGUGGACAAAACCGCGAGAUGUUAUAUUCUGCCCUCUUCAGCCUAUCCGGGCUAUCCUUCAUCUUCUUUGGCCCUGCCGCCGUCUUGCGCGAGACAGAAUUCGAAUUGUUAGGUGCGGCAUUCACGUUGUACGCAGGGACGCCUCAGAUAUGGGAAUCUGUCCAACAGGCGCGCCUCGAGGCUCAACAGCCGGCUAGCACUUUUGCUGGUCUUCCGUCAAUACAGAACGAAGUUCCUUCGAAUUCUACGGAUGGAAGGUCAUUCAACAACCCACUUUUUUACGAAAUCUGCGAAAUCGAUCGCAACGAAGCAACUUGUUCUGCCCCGAAAAAAGCAUCUGUGGUUGAGUCGGAAGGCGUGGAAGGCGUGGAAGAUGUGGAAGACGUACAAGACGUACAAGACGUACAAGACGUACAAGACGUACAAGACGUACAAGACGUACAAGACGUACAAGACGUACAAGACGUACAAGACGUACAAGACGUGGAAGGCGUGGAAGCAGAGACCGCUGAGCAAACAGCUGAGGGGGAAAGCCAUACGCACGAGACAUAUCAACCGACGAGCGAUCACAUAACAUCUCAACGGAGAGAUCGACAGCUUCUUAAGUCCGCCGACGAUGCAUUCCAGUACGCUCUUUACUGGAUUAAAACAACUUGGGACUCUAGUAUUAUUAGCUUGUCAGAACGGUUUAAUCGGUCAAGCCAUGGUUUGCUCUCGAGCGAGUGGCGGAAAAGCAAAGUGGCAUACUUCGUUCUCGGCAUCUUUUUUCUCAUUGCAAUCAAGGAUCUAUGUGUAUGGGGGGUUGAAACAGUCUACAUAAGGAUGUUUCCCCGUGGUCGACCCCUGGUCAAUCCCAAAACCAUUGUUUUUGCUACGAUUUAUACAAUUAUUCAAUGUUUAAAGGUGGCAUUGGAUGAAUCUGAGUAUUACUCUACGUGGCCUCCGGCAAGGUCUUUGCACGGGUUCUGGCGAAUUCCAUUGUCGGUUCUCGCUGCAUAUGCCCCCGCGCUUUUGGUCACGCAAACCAUCAAACUCACGGGAUUGAAUCGCUAUUUUUGGUUGUAUGCUACCAUUUUUCAGACAUUGGUCCUCGUUCUAUCGUGGCUUGUCAGCAAAAACUGGAAUACGGCACUGUUGAAGAUUGAUCACUGGGCUGUCUUCGUCAUGACCCUCCUUUUGCUUAUCAGAUAUUCCGAUUCAGCUCCCGUACAGAGUCCCGGCAGCGACAAUAAGCCGCAAUACCCAAAGCCAGAUCUCAUCAUAUCUGAAAUAAGGACAGAAGGAAAGAAUGGGAAUAGCCCGGUCCAAAAUGAAGAGGAAGGUGGGAGUGGAGAUGCCGAUCAGAACCGCCCAUUGCAGCCUGAUAAUUCUGCCCCAGAGGAGCAUAAUGAAUCUAAAACACCUACUUCAUCCGAGAAAAAAGGUCCUUGGGGAACUAAACACCAAAAGCGUGUUAUGAGCCUUGAUUCUGACGCAGAGAAACCAAGUAACACUGAAAGGACGACGUCUUCUCCAGAACUAGAAAGAACCCCUCAAGAGCCAGUUCAGACCGCAGACAUCGAACCGGAAGCGUCAUCACCUAGCGGAGCACCAUAG